GUAGGUUAUUUUUCAAGUUUUCCACCACGAUGAUUUUUGAGGAUUUUGUAAACAAUAAAGUAUAAACAUUGACAUACAAUACAAGAAACGUGUAAAUAAUAUCUUGUGGAACUAUUUUAAGUAUUUAAAACGUUCCUACGCCAAAAUGAAUGGGUUGUCUUUAAGAAUAAGUGGUGGAGGAUGUAAAAUUAAAAACCCCAUAGGAGUCGAACCCAUAUUAAUUCCAGAAGAUUACAUUAAUAACUUACAUAGAAAUGAGCAUCAUAAUAACUUUCUAAAUGCAACUAGUGUUGAUCAACAACUUUCAUCCUUGAAGGACAUAUUUUCUUCAGAACCUUGUAAUAAUGAAAAUUUAAGGUUUCUAGUUGUUGUAUUUUUACAAGCUGAACAAAAACAUCCCGUCAAAAGUUUCCUAACACGAUGUAUAGCUAAAAAUAUUGAUAUUCAGGAGGCAUUUUCUGUAGUGCUUUCAAAGGAAAUAACUAGUAUGAUGAAAAGCCAGUCUACAACCUAUAGAGAUUACAAGGAUGUUGUAACAAAACUAGCUGCUUGUAUAGAAAAUUUCCCCCCAGGGGCUGCCGCUUUUAAGAACUUGGAAGUCUCAUUAGCCAAUUAUUUUAGAGAUUGCCUAAAUUGUGCUGUUUCUACAUUGAGUUCCAAUACAUUAUCACCAACAGAGAAAACAGAGUUAUUUAACUUAGCACAUUUGACAUUGCGGUUAUUACUUUAUAUUGUUCAGAAGGUGGGUGACAAAGAUAAAAUGGUGUGUACAUUUGAAGAGAUCACAAGAUCAGUGAAGCACAUUUUAUUUGAUGAAGAUGCUCCAAUGGACACAAAGUCAGUGUGUGGAAUGUUGCUUGUGGCAAUGUAUAUUUUGGAGAAUGGGGAUAAUUCUUGGAUUGAUCUGUUAUCCUUGUCUACCGAUAAUUCAAGCCUUGAAGAGCUGCUGUCAAAUGAUGCUGCAAAGCUUAGUCUGUAUUCAGCAAUAGCUACGGUGGUGCCAGUACAACAGUUGCAUUUGACAUGUGUGGGCACUGAAAUAGCUGUAAUAGUUCUUAUAGAUCAUAUAUUAGCUAUAGGCGACAGAAUGAGUUCAGACUCAACUUUUACCCUAGGUGUAACCCGUAGCCUGGUACACAUUAGUAAAUCGCUAGAUAAGUCAUCAAUGGGUGUGAAAGUGACGGAUCGCCUUCUAGUAUUCGUUUGGGCGCAUCUAGAGCAUUAUAUGGACAGUGUGAGACACCUGACGUCGCAGAUGUUGGGUAAUAUUGUGAAGUAUUCUUCAGGACUAGAGAGACAAGGCGAUAAAACUGGAGUUACCAGUAUAAUAAAAGCGUUAAGGAGCUUUGACAGGAACCGCAAGAGUUUCUACUUGACCUUAACGUCUCUGACCAAUGAGCUGGGGGCACAAUAUGUGAUGGAGGUGUUCCCAAAUAUUAUUAAUGAGGUCAUAUGUGUCUUAAACGUACAAGCAGUACAAGCCAGUGCCACGACAUUCCUAGAAGUUCUUCUUCAAAAGCACAUGAAAGAACGUCCCGGUAAAGAGGCGUACGAGGGUUGGGUGAUGUGCAUAGUGAAGCACGUCUCCACCCAUUCCCUGGACUCUGCCGUUAUGAAUAUUCUAGAAGAUUUACUGGCCCUCGCUGUGAAGAUGGAUGAAAAUAUUUUGGAGUAUAUGUUGCCAUAUGUGACGGAGACUACGAAUAAUCUGAAGUGCGUGCUAAUGUUACUGAGCGUUAUCCGUCGUUCGCGACGGACGAGUGACGUCAUUGGAUACGAACUGCUCGAGGUUGCGGCUGUUGAUACGGUUGAUGAGACAAGGAUCCUAUCUUUAUCUCUGGUAGUGGAAUCUCCAAAGUCAACGGAGAUGUUUUCGCCCGAAGAUCUAAAAUUUGUCCUGUUUUUCCUUAAAUAUAAUUGCAAUGCGCAGGCGCCGCAUUUUAGACAACUUAUGCUGUCUAUGAUGAAAAAGUUCGUGAAACGCCUCGAGGACAGUUACAAAGUGUUGAAGAGAAAGAGAGAACAAUCAGACUAUUAUCUCCAGUUCGUAGAAGAUCUCCGUGAACAGUGUUACUCGGGUCUACUCGUGGGGGCAAAUUACAGCCGGCGAUUAGUGGCUUUGCAAGUAUUGGAUUGGAUUGAACAUGUUUCCUUGGAAGGAUAUCAGAGGGUUUGGAGAGAUGAGCACGUGGACAGACUCUUGUCGCAUCUCGAAGACAGUUAUGAGAACAACAAAAUAUUGGCGCUGAGGAUACUGACUCUUUGUCCCAAAGAAACGUUUGAGAAAACUUUCGCAACGAGUUUGAAGCUGAAAGAUGUUUUAUCACAAGCGUCGUCCGUCAAACCCACUGACUGCUCGUGUGCGGCGUACAAGCUGUUACUAUUGAGGAAUCGGUGUGGAUCAUACGUACGGGACUUGGGUGAAAGAGACACAGAUAGACCAGAGAGAGAAAGCUUCACCAUCGUGUCCCGCCUCUUGUCUCGGGUGGAGGCGGAGGUGGCGGUGUGCGAGAGCAGCGUGCUGCACGCGGCCAAGGACGCACCCAUGUACGGGCUCGUGCACUGCGUCAGAUAUCUGUUGGAGACCGUGGAUGCUGGUGCGAUAUCGAGUGACCCAGAAUGGACACAGUUAAUAACCCGCAUGAUAAGCUUGUGUCUGCGUGUCAAUCACGCCGUGGCUUGCGUGGUCAAUAACUCUUCGCCCGAGGGUCAUCUGCCCAUGGACAUGAAUGGGGUUGCCAUAGAAGAAAAGGACUCCAGUAACGUUUGCCUGGAAGACGGACGACCUGUCACUGCGCAGAUGGUGUUGCUUUGCGCUUGGAGAUCGGUCAAAGAGGUAUCCCUUCUCCUGGGUGUGAUAUCUUCGAAGCUGUCGAUAGAAGGGGAAUGCGGGUCAGGCGGGAGUGUCAGUGCUCAGUCGGUUUGCGAGAUGGGAGAGCAUUUCACCGCUCUGCUAGCCGAGACGAAGCAUCGCGGCGCGUUCGAGCAGGCCUACGUCGGCUUCACCAAGUUGUUGACUAGGCUAUGGCGCUGUCAGAGCCCUAAACUACACGAGCUCCCGAAGCGUUGGCUGCGAGAGUUGUUGGCGGUCAUAGAAAGCGGGGAUCAUCACAAGUUGUGUGCGACCAGGAGGAGUGCCGGCCUGCCUUUUAUGAUACAGGCCCUGGUGAUAACGGAGCUCCAAGUGACGGGCAACCCCAAAUGCUUCUCGCAAUGCAUGCGCACGUUGUUGCACGUCGGCAGACGGAGCCCGUCGGUGGAGGCGCGGACGCACUGUACGAACGUUCUACGCGCGUUGUACAGAAAUACGAACCUCGACGACGCGGUGGCGGCCUAUGUGGGGGAGGGAUUGCUACUCGCGUUGGAAGGCUUCGAAGGGAGCACUUGGCAGGAGAGAAAUUCAUCGACGCUGCUAUUCAGUGCCCUGAUGGUCCGGAUAUUCGGGGUGACUCGGGGCAAGGACCCGGAUAAUCUUUGCACUCGCAACCGGAUGACCGGACGCAUAUUCUUUUUACGAUACCCGGCGCUUGCGGAUUAUAUGGGGAAUAAGUUAGCGGAAGCAAACGAUUCGGACAAGCUGCUUCGUCCGUCCGUGUAUCCUGUCCUGCUUCUCCUUGCCAGGCUCUACCCGUCUGCCUUGGAAGGAACCGUCUCUAAUAUAAAGCUCGUGUCAUUCAUCCCACUGGUUUUGUCGUGCGCGGGUAGCCCCGUGCUUAAGACUCGGCAAUUGGCCGCUAGAGCGAUGGUUCCGCUCAUAUCGCCGCAUAUGUAUAUAUCGCAUGUUGAGGCAAUGUUGAAGUUGAUGAACGAUCGUCUGAUUAAGAAAAAUUACUGCCAUGGGGUCAUAUUACAGUUAAUAAAACUAUUAGAAGCCCAGCCGGAUGAUCUAUGUUUUGAUGAUAAAUUGAAUGAUCUAGAAGAAGUCCUUUUAAAUACGAAAUGGAUCGUGGAGCAGACACUCACGCGCAUGCCUUGUUAUCUUCUCACCGAUGAUUAUGUCAAAAUGGUCGAUUUAAUUAUACAAAGAUUUCCAGAAGAAAUUUACGCAAAAUUAAUUAACGAUACAAAACCGCUCUUAAAUGAUAUUUUAUUUAAUGGAUCGAAAUCUAUUAUUAAUUCGGGAAAAUUCGUCUGUUUAGCGAACGUUGUCAAUCUUCACUUUAGCAUUUUAAAUAUUCACAACGAUUUAGAAGAAACGAGUGUUUUUAUACAAAAAUGCUUAAAACACGACACGUAUGAAAUAGUUUUAGUUGCAUUAAACUCGCUGGCAACACUAAAUAAAAUACAGAUUAUAUCCAAUUCCAUGCGAUUAUUGAGAAAGGGCAAUUAUAUACAGCUUUUAUGCAAUGUAUUGGACAGCAAAUACCUUGAAUGCACGCAAAAAGCGCUGCAAUUGUUGGUUCUAGAAGAAAAUACGCAACAGGACAUAAUAAACGCUAAAUUAAAGAAAAACCAUGUAAACGAUACAAUUUUACUAGAAUCGUUGAUAUUUUUACUCGAUUCCGAACAUGAGAAUUUAACUCAUAUUUACUUGAAGAGUUUAACGGGUUUUUUAAGUAAAAAGAUCAUAGGAUCGAGUUUGUCCGGCAAAAGUGUUUUGGAAGCAAUAAGGGUGGUUUUCGCGUGUGCGUUUUCUCAUAACGCGGAUGAUACUAGAGAGGUCGUUGUUGAGUUUUUAGAGGAAGCCUUCGAGAGGUUAUUGGCUAUGGAUAUCGAUUUGGAUGAAAGUGAAUUGUUUGAAUACAAAGCGACUCUGUUCUGCACCAUAGCCAUAUUAUUAGAAGAUGACGAACAGACAUACAGACAGAGGAUCGCUUGUAUAAUAACCAAUUUGUAUAAUAGAAAUCAUUCCCACGAGAGUCACGUGAUACCCAGUAGAGCUGUAGAGUUCUUGAUGGAAAUUGUGGGUAGUUGCAAAAAUGGGAAGGAGAUAUUAUGCGUUCUUUCUUUGCUGGACUUUAAGAGUGAAGUUUGCAUGAACGAUGAAGUUAAUGAUGAGUGUCGUGUCUUCGACACAAAUGAACGGUACAACAUUUACUCCGAAGAAACAGUUUUUACGGCAGCGCAUGUUGCCGCACUUCAAAAGUGGGAAAAGUACUAA